AUGAGUAUAAACAACGGUCAAACUCUGACUGUGAGUGGACAGGAUAUCCGAGCCCCCUGGGAGGAUGCUCGGGUGGUUUUGAAGCCCUCCACUCCCACCAAGAAACCCAAACCAGUGAGUAUCAACUCAGUCUUCUUUAUGCAGUAUCCACCCAUAGGUACAGCUUCCAUGAAGUCAUGCCUAUAUCAACUAUUUUUAUCCUCAGAGCAAAAUAGUUAUAAAAUUGAAUUUGAAUAUCUUGCCAUCACUUUGGAGCUGUGUUAUUUUACAGAUACCUGUUAAUGUUAUGUGACAAAUGACAGAUGAGGGAAAGGCAGACACGCUGAUCUCUCAACUUUUAUCAGAGUCUACAGUCAGGUUAAACAGCAGAUGGGUUUAUACCAGACGUAUUCACAGGAGCAGCGAUGAAAACCUCACUGAGAUAAAAGUUACAAAGACAUGGUCAGCUGAAACAGGAUACGGAGGCUCAGUUGAGGUUUUGGAAACUGUACAAAGCACGCAGGGCUCUUGUUGCAGAUCAGGUGCAUACUGCUCUGUAGUUCAGCUCAGGUUGAUUUCUUUUUGUGAUAGAGGGUGCACCAAAGUUUUCAGCUUUGCAGCUUGCAGGAUGCAGUGAGUGGGGUCAUAAAGAGAUUUGGGGAGAAAGAUGCAUCUGUUUGUUUGAUACUUUCCAAAGAAGGGGUAUUUUUUAGGACCUUGUGUACAUCAGAAUUUUUUUUCCUAGUCUUUAUAUGCUAUAUGUCAGUUUCUUCAAUGUUAUUUUAAAAUUAGCCUCCCCGCAAUAGUUAUCAAUCGUUACAAAAUGCUGAGACGAAUAUCUAAACACAAAAUAGAGAGCUAUAUAUUGACCAUGUACACUAUUCUGUUGUUUUCUCAGCGUCCAAAGAGUUAACAGGUGGCACUCAGUCUGGUAUGUGUGUCUGCACUAUCACAGUCCAGCAGAGGAAAGUAUUCCCUAUCAAACUGUCACUUCUAUUCAGUCUCCCCAGCUCAGUUGUGUGUCAGGCAAAGGCAAUAAAGCCUUCAUUAAGUAAUUCAUUUCCGAAAUGUCCGAGGCAGCAAAUCAGCAGACUCUCCUCCAGCACUUUGAUAUUACUUGUCAUGAAAAAUCAGCUCUCCUGAUCCCAGUAAGGCAACAAGCAGACAUCUAAAUAUAACAUUUCAUUUGCUCUAUCCUCUAGCCAAAGCCUGAGAAUGCCAUAACCAUCGCCGUGUCGGCACGAGUUCUCUUCAACAUGGAGAAAGAGCAACAGAUCUAUGAGCAACAAGGCAUGGAGGAGUACGUCAAGUAUCAGGUGGAGCACGAAACGCAGCCCUUCAGCCCAGGACCUGCUUUCUCUUUUGUCAAGGUCUGAGUCCACGAAUAGUAAGAGGUGGAGAAACAAGCGCACACACACGCAAUAUAUCAACCCCUCUGCAGAGCUAAACCACAGUAUCAGUGUUUUACAUUGGGUCGUGUCUCUGGAGGCGGUGACUGAGAAAAAGGAUUAAACACCAACGCACUCACUCACUCACACACACACACACACACACACACACACACACACACACACACACACACACUCUUCCAUCCCUACUGCAGUGAUAUUGUUAUUUCUCGGGACUUCAGUCUGUGUUUGUCAUGUUGCCAGGCUCUGGAGGCUGUGAACACUCAACUGAGAGAGCUUUACCCUGAGAGCGAGGAGCUUUUUGAUGUUGUGCUCAUGACCAACAACCACGCAUAUGUUGGCCUAAGACUCAUCAAUACCAUCAAUCAUCACCGUGAGUAACUGAAGCACAUCACAGCUGCAGUGUCUUUGAGGCACACUUGAUGAAUAACCUUUUCUCUUGUAUUGUCAUCCCUCUGGUGGCUCAGGGGUAAAGGUUUCUUUCAAAUGCUAUUAGUGUUUUGAUCUAAGCACCUGCAUUAAUAGUGAAGUGCCCUUUGGCAAGGCACCGAGUCCCAACUUGCCUUCAGCAAAGACACUGAUGCAUGUCUUCCUAUGAUGGAUAGCUUGGCACUUGUAUCAGCUUCAUCCAUCAGUGUCUGAAUGUGUUUGGGAGUGAGUGACUUUGAUGUGUGGUUUGAAGAUCAAAAAAAAUGUUGCAGAUGUGCAUUAAAUUUCCCCCGUUUUCACCAUGUUUACAUUACAACAUGGAACAGCAAGAAGGAGGCAAAACAGUCUUAAAAUCCCUGGGAUGUUUGCUAUAGGUCACUGGUGACAUCUUUUUCUCUGUACACUGACAAUGUUAUUUUUUUCUUUAUCUGUCCAGCUGCAAAUCUCUAAAUUCUCAUAAGUGCCUUGCCUUUACUUUUCACAUAUGCACACGGAAAACAGGGUAGGAGUGCCCUUUUUCGCCUAAGAUUUUAGCACUCUAUGCUUGUACGUGGAAAGCCAAAGAACCAUACCGCCACAUAUAAUCUAUUGCAAAGGAGAGGGAGAUUGCACAAGAGGAAAAAUUUCCCAUAAUUUGAUCUAAUAUCUAAAAUAGCUUACCUACAGCCAACUUGAUUCAUGGGCUCACUAAAAGAUCAAGCUGAGACCUAUAAAAGUUUCUACUUUUACCAAAUAAGUGUCCUGUACAUAACUUAAAAAUAAAAGCAUUGCGAGGAAUCAGUCUUUUGUUCUGAUAAGCAUUUAAGGAGCGCUUCUACCCUAGUUUUUCAACAAAUUCAGCACUGAUCGUUCUUCUCUCAAUUUUGUAAAUAUAUGUGUAGGGUGACCAGAUUUCAACUGAUAUACUUAAAUGACUCUCAGAUUGAGAUACUCAAAUAAUAGCCACUCAAAAUUUACCCGAAGAUGCCUUAUAAUUUCAGUAUAUUUAAAGUAUGCCUCCUCUGUGUGAAUAAAAAAUCAUUAUAUAACCAACUAAAAGACACAAAUUCAGAUAGGCUUCUCAGAGGUUACUUAACAUAUUUAUGACAAGUUUAAAAAAUAACAAAUAAAUAAUGAUAGAAAUAAGAUAUUUCAUAAAUGAAUAAAUAAAUGAUAAAUAACCCAAAAAUACCUCUGCUUUAUCAGCAAUCCAACUUACACAAAAAUAGCUCUCACAAACUUGUGGAAAAAAAAAAAAAACUUACAAAAAAUAUGUAUCACUUUAGUUUUCUUUUUCAUCCUAGUGGCCCAAUGAAAACCAGGACAUUUUCAUCAAUUUAUGAAAAAGAAAACAGGACCACCAGGACAGGAUAUGAAAACAUGUCCCGGGAAAACAGGACGCUUGGUCACCGUAUACUCAUGUAGCCUGUGAAAAAAUAGGCCUGAACAGCCCAGUCUUUUAACAUCUUUCCGUAAUAAGAUCAAGAACCGUCACAGAGCCAACAUGCUUCCUGUGUGAGGCACCCAAGGGUACCACUGGCUGAAGAAAAGCAAGCCAGAUCAGGGUUUACCGUACCAGACUGUACCAACAGUCCUGAACCAUACCAGACAGCUUGGUGGGAACAGACUAUUUUUGCUACUUUUGCACUGAUUGUUGACAUUUUUCAAGCAAAUUGACUAAAAUCUCGGUUUUUUGUAGAUGGGGUCACGAUUCAUACUUGAUCAGGUUUUUUUUAUCAUAUGAGCCCCUGAAAAAGUAUGGGUCCUAGACCAGGUUCACUUCCUGACUCACACACUCACAGUAAGGGUGGUCUGGAAUCAAUGUGCCGACAGUGUGUCGAUUCUCUUGCUGCUCUGCACAGCUGGUCCUGUCUAUUCCCAAACUGUGUGACUUCAUGACCCAUGUCCGCAAGACCCAGUCCAUGGUCAAACAGACAUGUGAGCAUGCACUGUACAUAAAGUCCACUCAAACGUCCUAAAACCCUUGAGGAUACAGACAGGAGAGCUAAAGGACAGUAAGCCCUGAUGUAUCUUGGCCCCUUUGCACCCAUGAAGCACUUCAAUUUAUUUAGUGAUGAUAUAAAGCAGCACUGCAGAAUAGUGAAUAUGUCGAGUUGUUAAGGACUUUGUUUGCAUGUUUAGGCUCAGUUAGAACCUUCACUGAGUUUUUAACAUCGGAACUAUGACCCAUCUUUUUCAUUUAGGCUCCUUUUGGGGGCCUUGAAACCUAGGAGAGACGGGAAAUGUGGGACGAGACAGGAGGAUGUCAUCCACCAAAUACUGCCAGGGGGAAAUACACAGGGGCCCUACUCUAUAAACUGAGUUACACUAGCACCCCUUAUGUACAGGAUUAAUUCCUAAUGAAGUCCAGAGUGUUCAUAGAUUCUCACUCCGUUUAAGGGGUCUCUCUCUCUUUGAGGUUAAGCUGGGACUUUCUCAUGGUCCACAAUGUGACCCCAGGGGAAUGGUGGGAGUUGGGGAUCUGCAGCCUUAACUCCUCACAGAGGGUUUGUCAGUCUUACACUGAGAGCCCACUGAUGCAGUGAAGCCGAGUGGAAAAAUCUGCACAGCCAGAGACAAGAUGUCAGCCUCUCCUCUUUCAUGUCACUUUGGGUUUUUCUUCCUCUUUUCUUGAUCUGUCUCCCAAAGCUGCAAACGAACUAACAGUCAGUAUUUGACUAAUUUUGAUUCUACGCUGCUCUUUCAAUUUUUGAUUUUUCUUCUCUGCAGAAUUAUUCAUCGAGCGCUUCUGUAUGACUGGAGGAAACAGUCCUAUAGGAUAUUUAAAGGCCUACCACACCAACCUAUACCUGUCUGCCGAUCCCACCAAGGUUCGAGAAGCUCUGGAAGAAGGUACAUGAUGCCAAAAGAAGGUUAUAAUUACCCAAAGAGGUGAAAUCUAAGUCAGAUGAACUAAUGUAAACCUUAUUUCAACAAUAAAUUCAGGUAUUGCGGCAGCCACCAUGUUCACCCCGGAGAAGAUCACUGAAGUGUCGGACACUCAGCUGCGUGUUGCCUUCGAUGGAGACGCCGUCCUCUUCUCGGAUGAGUCAGAGCGCAUUUACAAAGCCCAUGGGUUGGACAAGUUCUUUGAGCAUGAGAAGGCGCACGAGAACAAGCCUCUGGACCACGUACAGACACACACACACACACACACACACACACACACACACACACACACACACACACACACAUACAGACGCAUCAUCAACUAUUUAAACAUCAAUAUUUUUAGUUUUUAUAUUAACAAAGAGAACAACCACAGUUUGAUAAGCUGCAGGUUUUACUCAUGCUCUUUAACAAUCAUAUCUUUUAAAUAUGAUCACCUUCAUCUACGACAGACAAAACCCAGUUGUAUUAACCCUCCUCCUGUGUUAGGGUCUGCAACGUCCCGUUUUUGUUUUUAAUGCUUAAAAGAAACACUUAAAUUAGCGUUUUGCAUCAAGACUUUUUGACUUGGUCAGGAAACUCUAUUUCAACAAAAUAAAAAUUAAAUUGACUAAAUUAUAAAAUGCUUUUAUUAAAAUUAUGGCACUUGUCGUGUUGUUAGGGUUGCUGUUGACCCAUUUAGAUUAAUAUCUAAUAAUUACAGCAAAAACUAAAAUCGUAAGUGCACUGUCAGGCACCACACUGACGAUCAGAUCCUCUGCCAAUCAUGUGAGAUUUAGAAAAUUCUCAUUUUGCCGUGUUUUUCCCUGCACAAAAAAACACGUCAGGCAUGUCCAGACAUGUAAGAUCAAUUCAGUAUAGAUGUCUGUAUGAGGGUAAUACUGACAAAGAAAAGCCCAUAAAAAACUAUUAUCAGCAAUAUUUUCAUGGAUAAUGAAGCCUUACAAGGUAACCUAGAGAUGAGAACCAAUUUGGAUGAUAGAAAUGAGAAAUGUUUUUAGGGUAAUUUACAGCUGAUUUAAGACACGACCCUUAACAUAGUGGGUGCAUAGUAAAAGCUUACACAGGAGGAAGGUUAAGGCAGCAGGUUAAUUCUGCUUAUUGAAGGGCAGAUUCAGACUUUUUUGACUGGAUUGAUACCAGGACACUGACUUAUGCAACAACAGCAUUUGGUCCCUGAUAAAUCAUGGUUCAGAAUUGGUCAGGUGGCCAGUUAUGCUUUUUGUGGGACCCUGGACAGCUCCUGGAUCUUCCUUUAUGCAUUUGAACAAUCGGUUCGAAACUUUGGAGUCCUAAAUAGAAAAUAAGGCAUGCAACUGUGUAGAUCUGAACACAACACACACACUGCCAAAAAGCUUCCUAUCAGAGACAGUGAGCUUUCUUCUUCUCUGUUCUGCAGGGUCCUCUGAAGGGAUUCUUGGAGGCCUUGGGAAAACUGCAGAAGAAGUUUUAUGGUAAAGGCCAGCGCAUGGACUGCCCCAUCCGGACCUACUUGGUGACAGCGCGCAGUGCGGCCAGUUCUGGUACCAGAGCCCUGAAAACUCUGCGCUCAUGGGGGCUGGAGAUUGAUGAGGCCCUGUUUCUGGCAGGAGCGCCCAAGGGUCCCAUGCUUGAGAAGAUCAGGCCGCACAUCUUCUUUGAUGACCAGAUGUUUCAUGUAGAGGGUGCAGCAGAAAUGGGGACAGUAGCUUGCCACGUGCCCUAUGGGAUAGCUCAAAGAAUCCCCAAAAUCGGAAUUAAAGACAGAGGGACAUCUUCAGCACCCAAAUAG